AUGUCUACUUCUACAAUUUCUUUAAACUGCUUCACUUUGGUCAAAAACUGGGAUACUGAGACUCUCAUUAUUUUUUUACGUGACCUAAACAUAAAUCUUAAUGAGGAUGAUUUUAAGAUCCUUUGUAAGCAGAAAAUUGAUGAUCAGACCUUUUCAGACAUGACCAAAAAAAAGUUCAUGAAGGAUGGUAUAAAGCGAGAAUCUGCUAUGAAGCUUGAAAAACAAGCUAAAAUAUUAAAAGAGAAAACAAGAGCUCUCAAAAAAGGAAAAAUCAAAUAUAUUUGGCUUUUUCCGUGUGAAGUCAAUAGAAAAAAAGGUCAUAAACCUUUAGCUGAUACUUUUAACUUACAAAAAGAGAUAGUAAAGAAGCUAGCCCCUCCAAAAUUAGAUUCAUUAGUUUCUUCUACUCCUAUUUCUAAAAAAUGA